ACACGCCUGCAAGAUAUUUUUAAAAUAAGCAUAAUAAAGUAGCUCAUUUGCCUGAAGAUAAAUUUAAAAAUACAUCAGUCAAUGUAAUCAGAGGUGAAACAUGCAGCUGACGGAGGUGUGUUACUUCGCACUUUUCACUAUGAGCGUGACAGCGACAUGUGCCCAGACACACCAGCAGACAAAUGAAAUACAAGAUAUAGAAAGGAAAACAACGAAGCAUCUUUCUAAAAGAAAUUCGGUAGUAAUUGUUGAUGCUUAUCCAUUAGAAUUCACAGACACAAAAAAUCCAAAAGUCAUCUACAGGAGAAUAUCAAAACAGAGAUACCGUGCACCCAAACCUAAGUUCAGUCACCCAAAACCAAAAUACGGUAUUCCGAAAAAACAAACAGCAAAAAAAACCUACAUAAAACAUAAAACAAAGAAAGUGAAUCCUAAAUUUGGCCCAAUGCCCGGUAAGCGUCCUCGUUUACCAAAACCAAGGCAUCCACGACCAAUCCCGCCAAGACCUAACUUAAACAACAAGUACAUUCUUAACAAAUACAGCACCCCGAAACAUGCCACUCAACAACAGGCUUAUUUUACUGAUACAACCGGCUUUGGAGAACCACCUCAGAUACAGAUGGCACCGAAAGAAUUUGAAUUCAAAAAACCAUUACAACCGCUUUACGCAGAACCUCCAGUAGACUCGUACGGGGCACCUUUGAAAAUAACUACAAGUGAAUCUUCAAAUCCAGACGAAGAAUAUAUUGAUGCAACUGUUUCUUACAGCAACAACCAUGAGCACAAUGGUGGCUUGCUCAAUGAUGAUAAUGGGGAUGUGCUGAAUUACCACCGAUGGCAAGACUUCCCCGCUAAUCGAGAUAACAACCAUGCGCUUUCAAAUAAGCAACAAUCCAUUCUAAUGAUGUCCACGAAUGAUGAUCAAACAGACUUGUAUGAAGAUAUAAACCUAAAAAGCUACUCUGACAUUUUCAAAUAUAAUCCAAAGAAUCCAGGGAUAAUUUAUGACCACCGCAAGAUUGUGAACAAUGAACUGAAACAGAAUAGCCAAGUGUAUUUGAAUAAACCAUGGAAAGUAUCGAGCUUAAAUAAUCAAGACCGCGACCAGAUAAUAGUGGGAGGCCAAUACGCAGAGCCACCCGGUAGAUUCGUGCCGAAAGAAAAUCCUAACCUGUCUGUUUACUUUGAUGAAAACUACCUGUUUUCCGCUUUCGCCAAACCAGAAACCGCUUCUUCAGCGACUAUGUCGUCUUAUGUUAAUUAUAAACACAGUAACAUGGCUUUUAGCCCUCAAAAUUUGAAUGACGCGUUUGGUAUAGUAGAAAAUUAACUUUUGAUUUGUAAGUUCUUGUACAUUUUACAGAGUAUGCCUAACAUCGUUAGGCACAAAAUAUAUCGUUUUUUGUAGAGUGCAAUGCGCAUUUAGAAGGUGUAAUAAAUUAAGUUACAUUAGAAUUAUUAUAAGUUAUAACAGAAUAGACAAUCUAC